AACCACCUCCACCAUGCUCAUUAGAAAAAUGCACCUAAAUGCAAGGGCUCAUGCAAAUGAAACUGCUCUAGCCAGCUAGAAUCUGGCUCUUAGUAUCAACAGGUGUGUUUGGUUUAGACAAUAAAUGAUCAGUGAUAGGCUUAUCAAAAUCCCAGACAGAGCUAAAUAGCCCUAAUUAUUCACGCAUGACGUCUACUGAUAGAUGAUCGUCUAGCCUGUGUCAUGGAAUUGCAAUGACAGUAGCCAGCUAGCUAGAGCUAAAGUGACAGACUAGUACAGUAUAGUAAGACACUCUACUCUGCUGUUUAGAUAGCUAAUAACUCAAGCAAGCAUCCAAGAGGACAGAGAAUAGUGAGAGCAUAAAGUGACCAUCAUUAUUCCCUCAAGUACUGAGUGAGUGUACUCCCCUUCUCUGCGUAUCAAAGAUGUCCAGCGGGGGUGGAUCUGGGUCAGCCCCUAGCACUCCCAUUUCAACCACUCUUCCUCCCAUUUCGCCCAUUGGCCCUUACAUGCAACAACCUACCGCAGGAGCAACUUUAAGGUACCCUCUAUAUGCCACUGUUCAAGGUGGACCUCUUGUCUACUCUCCGGCUAUGUUUGGGAACAUAGGGAUGUCAUGGAGACCACUAGGUCAAGUCUCUACAGCUGGUCCUUCAGUCAACACCUCCAGCCCUCUACUGAGCGCCUCCCCUCUCUCACAAGUCCCACCAGGGCUACUCUAUCCCAUGCUCCCAAUGACGAAACUCAAGGGGGGGGCAGACAGUAUUAAGAAAUCGACAGAUAUUGGCGAGACAGGCAAGAGAAUGAUAGAAUAUUCUCAUUACGAACCUGAUGUCAAACGACCUCGAUUAUCGGAGAGUGUCCCGCUCACCCCUAGCUUCACGUCAUCACCCUCCUCACACCCCAGCACGCCCCCACAUACACACAUCUCCUCUGACCAAUGGAGCGGCCAGAUGCAACGAUCGCCUGUAAUCAAAUUCAUCUCAUACCCAGCAGGUCAGUCUGUCAUCCUUUCCUCUAAUGCAUCCAGUACUCGCACUUCGACCCCUCAAACCAUUGUACUACCCAUUACCUCGCUACCGAAAGCUGUAGUACCGUACAGUCUGUCAUCACCGCAAGUACUACCACGCCGCAUGGUCGAGUCUUCGCUUAGUAGCGAGCCGGGUUUGGUAGCUACGAGCAAAACCUCCCCGCAUAUAGCAGCGACCAAUCAGAUCCCUCCUCCGCUGUUACCUGACAAACUGCAUUUAGUCCUGUUUAGAUGUCUCGGUAAUAUAUCAGAUUCUGUACUUAAUCACCCCAACAUCACCGUUUCUAAUCAACUGCACGAUCUCUGCAAGCAGUCUCUUAACGGCAUGCACGAUUCUCUGUCGCCUGAAAGCGUCUGUUAUCUGGUCAUCUGCUAUCUCAAUUCUCUUCGGCCGGGGGAGGCUAUAAACGUUGAGAACCUCCGUACUAUGAUCCACUAUGCACAAGCAGGAGAGGCGGAGUGGAUCCAGUAUAACAAAAAGCAUAGGAAGAUGUCAGAAUCAACGUAUGUGCAAUCUCAGCUGAUGCAUCUCUCUCGAAUGGUCGUCUACCCCACACAGGGCAAAGUUCAAAUCCGGACAUCUCACCACAACUUGACAGACGGACUGAUUCAUGUUUUAUACCACUUACAGUACAGUAGCACAAAUCUACCUGAUUAUGUGGUCGCCAUGGCAUUGCAUACUUCAGCUACCGUUGACUUUUGCGUACUCAUGAUCGAACCUCUACAAGUAUUGAGACUCAGAGAAGCGGAGCUAGCAGCUAGUUUUGACUCGAAACGGAAAAGACAGCAAAUCAAAUCGAAGCAAGUGUCCCUUCCCCAAAGACCACCCUCGCUUAAAAUUAGCCCCUCGAAUGAAUUUUUGUCGGCUGUGCGACGGUUUGAAAGGAAUUUGAAGGAUGUCGUACAGAUCCCGUUCUACUGCCCUGAAACGAAAGAUCAACAAUCGACUAGAUUAAUGUCAGCAUCGAUAGCUGAAUCACUUGUUCCUGCAUCUUCGUAUGUCAUCGAGCAUAAGCCCAGUGGGCCUUUUCAAGAGCAGUACAAUAUGGCUGUGAUUUUACUCCAAAAAAUUCUAUCCAGUUUCAACUCUGAAACGAAAAUAGAACACUUCAAAAAUGUUGAUUUUCGAGUCCUUUGUCCUCCAGAUGCAAGCUUCAAUUCUCAAACAGUUUCCGAAGUCUUCAAAAGUGGACUAGUUGAAUAUUUAGAAGACCUGUCUCUGAACAAAGCCAGCGGUUCCCCCAGCAACCAUAACUCGAGCUCUCGUACAAACUCUGAUUACGAAACUGAAAGCAGACGACGAGUGGUGUGUUGUAACAUGUCUCAAGAAGCACCGCAGUUUCAGGGUCUUAUCAACGAUGUGCAAAACAACAGAGAGACUCUGUAUUUAGUCGUUGUCGAAAACGCUCAUUUAACUACGAAAAUUGCAAGCAAAUUUUUUCCAUCGGCCGGUAAAUCAAUAUCAUCGGAAUUAUCCGAAACUUCUUCCGUCCCGAUUUCAGAUUCACUGUCGCUAUUGAGUAACACAACAAAUUGUAUCAUUCUCAACGUUUCUUCUCAUCCGUACUCCCUUCAAACUAGCAGCUGUCUGAUCCCACCAACGACCAAUCAGAUUCACUGGCUACCGAGCAAGUCGCCUACAAGUGACGGAGAGACGAAUGGUCAGUUCUGCUCCCUUCACACGUUUCAGAGGGCGCACGAUAAUUCAGGGAAGGAAGAUGCUGAGUUGGGAGUGGCCUUCAAAGAGGACGUGUGUUUUGAGGAGAUGUUUUACAAGUCAGCUGCAAGACUCAAUGAAAGCUCUGCCUCAUCUACUAGCUUGACUUCACUUCGAGCACAGCAGCUGUUGGAUCAAUACAUUGCCUGUCUACUAGCAGUCGUGAAUCAAGCCCCACCCACUUCCUGUGCCUCCCCUCUACCGGAGACACUGUCCCUCAUCACACAGCUGGUCAACGGCCCCAUGCUCAACAGACGAGGCCAAGGGAGCAUGUUGCUCAUCAGGUCACAUGACUCAGACACGGGUCAUCAGUUCUACCUAUCUCUAAAAAGAGUGAGAAAUUCUCUUGGACUGCAAUUUCGAUUCGAGGUCAUAUUUGACAACGGAUCUCAUCUUCUGUCAGUCUCUGAUCACUUUGCUCAACGGAUCCCUCAGAAGGGGCGUGGUCAAGACGGUCAUGUGACUUGCUACAGAGAUCUUGAGGGAGUACCGUGCAUCGUAGUGCUGGCAGGUCAGGCUAGAGCUGGACUCACAUUCCCGAGGUCAUUGAGAUGGGUGGAUCUACGGCUCUGUUACCCCCUCACCCCCUUCCACCGAGCCACUUAUGAGUACGACCUCAGUCUACUCAAUGGCUACUACACUCCUCUGAGAAAGAGCUCUGUCAGAAUCGGAAGAGAAGACAAAGACGAGCCAAUGAAGACUGAAGAGACAGACUCAGUGUUUAACACCACCCCCUCCCCUCAGACCCCACCCAAUGGCCCCGCCCACCAGACAAGCAGUUCCUCGAGCAGCCGCAAAAGCAGUUUCUGUGAAGAAACCAAACAAACAACGAAAGGAGAAGGCCGUGUCAUCAGCUGGCGGCCUGGGGCUACUAGGACUAGUAGUGUGAGCUCGACUGAGUCCCAUGCCAGUACCGGGAAUAUCGAACAUCCCAGUCCAAGUUCACAAGAGUGUGGGUUGAAUAGUACUGGAACUGUAACGGUCACUAUUGAUCCACCGAGUGAUGAGAACCACUUUUAUUCCAGUACCGAUUCCAGUACCGAUUUUUCCAAGAGCCCAUUCACGGUACCGCCAGUUGACGAGGACAUGGAAUUGCACGGGGAUACUGCAGACUUGGAUUCUGAUUCCGAUGAAGAAGAGGGAGACGAGGAAAUGAAUCACAAUAAAGUGUGCCUGCUAUCAAGGCCGUACUACCAUGUGUGGUCGAGUCAGAACCCCCAGCAGCACCUACUCCUACCCCCAGCUCAGGGGGUCACAUGGUCUGGGGGGUACAAGAGAACCCCCCUCUUCGACCCUGACCCUCACAACCAGAGUCUACACUAUCUAAGGUGGAGUAAGCCCUCCAGUAGUCAUGACAGGUCUCACCUGGACGCAGUCGGCAAGCAAACUACUCAAGGGGCAGUCAAGAGGUUUCUACUGUCAGGACCACCACAGGUUGGCAAGACAGGUGCUUGGCACAUGUUGAUUCGUCUCCUACACGAUCACCUGCGAUCUUCAAAGGGAGUCACUAUAGAAACAGGAACGCCUGUGGACAGCAUCUUCCUUCAAGACACACCCUCCGACCACUCGACCACGCACAACAUGGAGCACAGCAAGAUAGUUACACUCGAGUACUUAACCAGCCAUCUCUGUAAUGGAGUAGACUCCAAAGAUGUACAAUGCCCCUCGUCUGUCACCAUGGCUUCACAGUCCACCACCAAGACGCCAGCUGUCAUCACUGUAAGCACCUCCCCUUAUAUGGCAUACGAUGUGUCACAUUCCUGUACCAAAUGUUCUCAACUGAAAGCCAGCCACGGCUCUGAGGUACUAACUUCCAAGUUCCCCGUAAAAGAAGGCUCCUUCAUUACGCUUAAGUGGCAAAUACCAUCUUCACAAGCCAAACACUGUACGGUUGUGAAUGAUGGAGAGAGAAAGUAUCUCUACUUGCUCAAAUUGCCCCAUAUUAACUGGAACAAGGACAUUAAGUUGAAAGUUCGGUCACCUGUGUUUAUUCCAACUCUGGGCCGUGACACGACUGGACUGUUCAACCUUGGCCAUGCCGGCUACGAGAACCUGCAAGUACUGGUGACUGUGGAGAGCCAGUUCAAGAAAUAUUGCAGAGCUUGGCCUAACCUGGUCAUCAUGGCUGUACCUGAUAAGGAGGCAAUGGGAUUAGGGGCCACCUAUCACAUCAUCAAGAGUUUUGCCCAGCACAACUAUCAGCUGAACAGCCAACACGAUAACUCAUCCCACACCACGUGGCCAAUGGUGACCAUCAUGAGCGACAACAUUGUCAUGUGGAAAAGAAUCGCAGAAACAAAGAGUGAGAACUUCAACAUGUCUGAGGUGCUACUAACCUUAGAGAGAUCUACAGACUGUCUACAGUACGCUGCCAUCGGUGUUCUCACUUGGAGUGAAGAUGUCACCAAAUCAAAUAAUCUCUCGGACUUUGACCUCUGUCACGAUUUCAUCAUGAUCAAUUUAAGUCGAACAGCAGAGAUUGGAUACAAUCAAUUCUCUUUCAACUCUGCAGCUGUCGGCUUUAACCUAGCCUUGCGUGAAGCUGGAUUGCAAACAAAACUGUGCAAAGAAGUGGCGAUUGUUAAAAAGCAUAUACUAACUGGGGGCAACAAGUAUCCUCUGCACUCAAGCGUGUCUAGUCUUGUUUCGGACAUUGAUCGAGUGGUGAUCUCUCUCCACCAUGAUUCGUCCUCGCAUCUGCCUCACCCGGGUCCCUAUCUCAUGGAGCACUACCUCCUUCACAAGAGUCAGUCUCUCUUCCCACACGCCUUGACUCCUUCUCAUCCUGUGCUGGUUAUCGACAAUUACGUAACCCUCGGCCCAAAGACGCACGUAACCAUGGUAAAGUCGGAUCGUUUGGCGGAGAACUCGGGAGUAGAACAAAAGAUUACGUCGUGCGAUGCGAGUGUACAAUUUGGAGGGUUGCUUUUGUAUCUCUGCGAAGGCCGCUUGAGAAGUGAGCAUAUCAGCAAUCUCAGUUUCGUCCCCGGGGCAUGUCUGUGUAUUGUGACUAGAGACUGUAAGACGUUGGUACAAGAAGUAGCAAGGUUGGAUCUCGAAGAGAAGUGGAAGUUUCGCUUGAGAGACGAGUAUCAAACUGCAUGCUCGGACAAAAUGAACCCAUUGUUCUUUUUCAUUGGACGUUACGAAGGUUAAUCACAUCAGUUAGCUGUGUUUCACAUGUAUUAUCAGCCAUUCAAAUCACCAUUAAUUCAUCUUAUAGGCACCCACAUUUAGUCAUGUAAGUUUAUCCAGAUAUACAGGUUCUUUGCUUAUUUUUUCCCCAUUUUUAUUUUAUCUCUGGUAUUGAACCACCAUAAUAUACGUGUGCCUUUUUGAUUUUCUUUUUAUCACUUUUGACUGAUUAAAAACAAUACAAAUUAAUAUCAGGAAAUUCUUCGUAAUAAAUAAUAAUUUUAUAACUAUUUCCUUGUGCAUGCAUGUGGGUAGGUAAAUGCAUGACAGUAUUCUCUACCUCAUCAAUUAUGAGAGGUGCUGAAUGUGCUGUAGAUUAGCCCCACCCCUUUUUCCUCAGAUCAACUCCUUUGCAGCUUUAUAUAAUUAACAAUGCUGUAUAUAAAAUUAAUUAAAUGAACAACAUUACUUUAACACUAUAAAUCAAUUAGAGUUAACAAUCAAUUUAGAGAGGUACAUGUAAAGACAGAAAAAGUGUUAUAACACUGUGAAAAGUUAGUUAGUUCUACUUUGGCUGUGUUUCAGAGUCUGUGAUGUACCUAAUGUAGACUGCAUCCUUCUGUUUCUCUUCACCCUCCACGCACUGCACAGGAGAAGAAGCAAUGGCAAUCAUACCGCCCUCUUUGUUGAAAGCCAGAGACGAGAUAUCAGCAGGAUAGCGAUGAAACUGACAAAGUCGCUUCUUGUUAAAGGGAUCCCAAAUAUUCACGAAACCAUCUGAACCUCCAGUGGCAAAAGUAUUGUGGGCUCCAUGAAAGGCGAUUGCAUUGACAGGAUAGAUAUUCUCAACGCUGUUUUGCUUGAGACGAUGGCAUUUGAAGGCGUACUUUUUCUUCUGUAUUUCAGGGUCGGUAUCCAAGUACUCCACCGCCACUCUGCCUUCGAUAGAGCUCAACACAUACCCUUGCAUGUUGGGGAAACACUGGAUGCAACGGGUUUGGUAUUUGAGACUAGAAGCUCUUCGCUGCUCAGCAAAUUGCAUGUUCUUCAAAUCCCAGAUAAGCACUCUCCGGUUCGACGUUCCCACGACGAUUCGAUCUCCACACAGAGACAUAGUGUACACCGAUUCUCCGUUUUGAUCGUACAUACCAACAUUGUGAUUUGUUCGUGGGUCCCAAAGCUUAACGGUUUUGUCCCAGGAGCCAGUAAUCACAAGGCCAAGCUCUUGACAGAAUUGAACGCAGCGUAUGGCAUCAAGAUGAGAGCCUAUAACACUCUCGGUCUGAGACGCGAAAUCGUACAUUUUCAAUGUUCGAUCAAGUCCUCCACUAAACGAUUUUGAGGGAUCAUAGAAGCAGCAGUCGAGCACGGCAUACUGGUGCGUGUACUUGUGUUGUAGAUUGUUCUGUGAGAUGUUGUAGAGGCCCACACUGUUGUCCCAUGAAGAUACGAGCAGCUGUGACGAGUUAGCCACAGGACUGAAAGAUACUCUUGUAAUUCCAUCUGAAGGUGGCUGGUUUAAUUCAAAUUCAACUUUUUGAGGCAUAAUUAACUCUGUACUAGAUGCUGUAACUGUCUUUUUGUCCAGAAAGUUUCAAA